AUGAGUGUCUAUGAUGAAGUUGAGAUUGAGGAUAUGGAUUUCGAUCCUAGUACAAAGAUAUUUUAUUACCCUUGUCCUUGUGGAGACAGAUUUUAAAUAACUUUAGUAUAUAUUAUAUGAGAGCAUUAGGAAUAAAUUAAAAACAAAUUCGAAAUAGCAUAAUGUCCAAGUUGUUCUUUAUAAAUCAGAGUGAUAUUCGACCAAAAUAGCUAUGAUAUAUAUUCAAAAAUAGAAUGA